AUGGCUUCAUCAUCAUCAUCAUUAUCCUCUCGACCAAUCAAAUGUUUUGUAGACAAUGUUGAAGCACAUGUUCAAAGAUGUCGAUUUGGUGGCACCUACUCAGCUUCUUGAUCAUAUCGAAAUGGUACAGGUUAUAAUCGAACAUUUUAUGAAGCUAUUCGACCAUUAAUAUCUCCUAUUGCUCUAUUUAUUUCAUCAACUUGGUGGGGACUUGCUUCACCUUAUAUGAUAAUGCAUAAACAUUCGCGAAUAUUUUUUUCAGCUGUUGGUGCAACUUUUUCAAAUAUUGCUUGUCGUCUUGUUGUUGCACAAAUGACAACAACACGUUCAGAUGGUUUUAAUAAUCUACUUUAUAUAUUUGUUCCUAUUCAACUGAUGUCAGUAUAUGGUGCACUUACAGAAAGAAUGGAAUUUAUACUUUUAUUUCUUUAUAAUAUUUUUGUAAUUUUGGCGCAUUUACAUUAUGCUAUUUGUGUGGUUCGACAAAUAUGUGAUCAUCUUAAUAUAUUUGCUUUUAAUAUAACUGAUCGUUCAAAACAACCACCACCAACUGAAACUCAUAUGAAACAUUCAUAA